AUGGAAAGAUACGACGUCAUCAAAACUAUUGGCAAGGGAGCUGGUGGUAAGGUUCUCCUCGCUACAGAGAAGAACAGUUCAAGGUAUAGUUGGGUACACCUAGCAGAACAGACUGGAACUAUCUUAUUUAUAAAGCAGACUAAAAGACUGGUGACUUGUGUAAGCUUAUGUUUAGAUAAGUUAAGGCUUAAGCCUUGAUUGCAAAUGAUUUAAGCUUAAUUGUUAUUUACCGUAAAAUUCCGAAAAUAAGCCCCUCCAUGUAUAAGCCCCACCAAAUGUAAACCCAAACCAGUAUUACACAAAAAAAAAACCCUCCGUUAAAUUGCCCAGCCUCAAAUAAACUAUAAGCCCCCCAGGGGCUUGUACUUGGAAAAUUGCCCUCAAAUACAAAGUAAACCAAAAUUACUUCUAACUAUAAGGCUAGCCCAAUCGAUUUUGAAACUCAAAUUUCCCUCCGUAGAUAUUAAGCUCCUUCGAAUAUAAGCCCCUCCAAAAAUAAGCCCCUAGCCUCAAAAAGGGCCUUUGAAAAAUAUAUAAGCCCUGGGGCUUAUUUUUGGAAUUUUACGGUAGUUGGAAAAUUUUUCUUAACAGUGUGCAUAAUUGUUUAAUUAGAAAGACCAGCAGAGACAAAUAUGCACGCUCUUAAAACACUAAGGAAUUCCCACCAUCUUGGUCCUUGUCUCCACAAUUAUUAUGAUACCUUCUUUUCCCAUAACUGGACAUUCACAUGUGUUAUUCUUUGUUAUUACACAGACAUGUUGCUAUUAAAGAAAUUAUCUUAGAUCCAAAUAAGAAGAACAGAACUAAAGAAGCUGUUUUAAAAGAAGCAAGGUACUGCAUAGCAGUGUUUAAGCUAGUCUGCCAUAAAAAGAAUUAAAUGCCAGCCUUUGGAGAUAUAAAAUCUGGAGACUCUGUCUUUUGCAUUAGCCCUCCCCCCCCCCCCUGCAAAUAUCAAUGACCAACCCCUUCUACCCUGAUCAACACAAAUUGACCAAGUCUCCAACAUGGGUGUGACUUAGGAGGACAUUAUAUGAAGUCUUGCAUGCAGCAUAAGUACAGGUCAUCAAAAUUCACUUUAAUUUGCGAUCAUAUUGAUGAAAUAUUAAUCUUUGUCAGUGAUGAAGUACUUGCAAAAAUGCCCCAGAAACCUUGUUACAACUAUAAAUGAAAAAAAAAAUACUCAAAUUAAUUGAAGAAAAUGGGCCAAAUUCCAAAACUAAAGUACAGAAAAGCUCAUAAGUCGAUUUUAUGCAGGAAAUUUGGAAUGGUCAGUGACCCAUACAGGUGACCAGGAGCUUAGUAACUUAUCCAGGAGAGUUGACAUCUCAUUAUUUGUUGAUUUUUUAGCAUUUUAGCUCAUCUAAAACACCCGCAUGUUGUUUCACUGCAAGAGUCAUUUUUUGAUCCAUCAGAGGAAAAGCUUUUCAUUGUUCAGGUACUGGUUAUCCUAGCUAUGAAAUGCUUAGCAGCAGUGUUAUUAUUACUGGAUGGGGCUGAGUUUGGUGUAAAGAAUAAUACAGAUUGAGGAGGGUGUUAUCCACUGAGGCUGAAGGUUGAGGUGGAGUCACCUUCUGAGAUCUAGUCAAAGACUUGUAGCUUAAGCUGUUUAUAAUGAAGAAUAUUAACUGGGGAGUUGAGGUUCUCAGAAAUGCAGAGAAAUAUUUUGAAAGAAUAAUAAUGAAAAGAAUAAUUUAAUUCAAGGGCAAUUUCGUAAAAUAAAGUUGUAUCUUUUAUGUUGAAGUUAUUUAUUUUAUUAGUGGUACAUGUACAUGAUAGAAGAACAGUGUAUGGUUAGACAGAGGAAAACUAAGAAAGAACAGACAGUAAAAAAUGAUUGGUAAAUGAAUGAAACUCAGGUUUGAAAAUUAAACCAUAAAUUAAGUGUAACUGAUAUCAUCUAGUACCUUUUAAUGUUUUUUGCUGAGAGCAAAUUAGCUGUUAUCAUGGGAAUUCAAUGUUUCUUAUAAAAUAUUUUUAAAAAAUGUUUGUUUGAGUGCUUUUUUUUAGGAUAGAUUCGCAACAUUUACUUUUAAUCCUAAUACAAGCUUUACCAAUUUUUUGUUAUUUAUUAUUGCAGGAUUUCUGUGAUGGUGGAACUCUGCAUGAAAAGAUUGUUUCAGCAAGAGAAGUUAGUAAAAGCAGCAAAAAAAAAAAAACAUUAACAGUUCAGCAACACAGAAAAGUUGACUUCACCUAUAACACGUAGAUCUUCCACAAGCAGCAGCCAUGUGAAAAGAGUUUAAACUGACUACUGAAACCACAGUGGUUCACCUCUAGGGAACUUAUGGUCUUCCAGUAGUCUAAUCUCUAGCAAUAAUAAAUAUAUUACAUAUUAUUCAGUGUUAGUCAGAUUAAUCUUGGGAACUCAGCUUGUGUACUGCUAACUAGUGAAUGGAAUGUGAAUGCCGUAAUAGUCUUAAAACUACCACUUGGUUUAGCUCAAUUGGAUAAGUGCCGGUCUGCGGAGCCACUGGUUUUAUCCCUGGCCCCGGUUUCGUUAAGAAUAGGGGAUAUAGUUCGCGAUGUGGUGGGUGAAUUCCAGCUAAAGUCCCCCAACCAGUGUUGGAAAUUUUCCUUGAGGGAUAAAAAGAUAUUUUCAGUUUACAAUUUACAACUAAAAACAGACAAGAAAGUGUUACUUUUAUUAGUUUAACAUGCCUGUAUCUACUUUCUUUUAGAACAAUUCUCCAUUUUCAGAGAACCAAAUAAUGCAAGUAAGUAUUAACAUUUCCUUA